AUGAUCGGACUAAAGUCCUCGCAGGUUAAAUGCUGCAUCGAGAGAAGUAUCACUAGUCAAUGGUUCUACUGUUCCCCCCUCAAUGGUUCUACCGUUCCCCCCAAGAUUCGAAGUUGGGGUGACUGGAGCGAAAGAAUAUCGUAUGAAUCUUUCCUGCUUUAUCAUACGAAUUUUGCAUUGAAAACUCCUCCGGGAGAAGCUAGAAUUCGUUCCGUUUGGAUAUCGAUCGGUCCCAGUCCGACACGGUUGACGCGCCAUUGGUUCCCAGAAGAGUCAAUAUCUCCAUCGGCUAAACCCCAUCUGACCCCGCCUUUGGACCCGUAUCCUGUUCGUACACGAUCGACGGAGGCCUCUCCGACAUGUGCUACUACGUCUUCAGUAGCACGCUCCUACUCCGUCUUUCCCUCCAUAAGUUAUCAAAUUUGGUGCCCUUCGAUCCCCAGUUGCUAUGAAGGACGAAGGGUGAGAUAUAAUCAAUUUUUUCACCCAAGUGGUUUCUGCUUCUCCCCGUUCUUGUUUCUAACUCUUCCCCGGGCAGUUCCCAAUGUUCGGCACUUCCCAUGCUUCGCGGGGACAACAUCAACUAAUUUGCUCAUGAUCAAGUUACAACCUAAGAUCUUUGACCACAUUAUGUCAACUGUUCGUAUUUCGUUCAUUCCACCAAUAUGCUCCCAAGUACCCGUAAUUGCGAUCCGUUUGCCAGAACCGAAGGGUCUUUCUGUGAAAACCUCCGCGAAGAAUUGUCGUUCUUUCAUGGUUUCCCCGCUUCCUACAGCAGCUUUUUCCGCACCUCCGGAUAUCUGGUGUCAAAUCGUCGCUUGUUCACCUAUUCAUCUGACGAUGGAGUUGACCAUCUCGGUGGCAUCGAUUGUACGAGUGAGGGAAACCGGUCAGCUUGGCUCUCCCUAGG